UGAGAGAGUGUCAGAUUUCAAUCUAGUGCUGAUGGUGCAUUAAACAUCAUGAGAAGAAACUGUUAAUAUUUUCUCGAAAUGGCCCUCAAUCGACCUAUGAAGAUAGUAACACUGGGAGAUUCAAAUGUCGGAAAGACAGCACUGCUAUUGCGUUUCGUCAAAAAGACUUUUUAUGAUGACAUUCCCAUUACUAUUGUCGAUAUCCUACAGACUCAAAUGAAUAUCGAGAAUAAAAAAGUUGACCUUUUCCUCUGGGAUACAGGUGGACAAGAGAGGUUCAAGUCCCUUAUUAGUAAUUAUUUCAGACUAGCUGACGGUGCUCUGUUGGUGUAUGAUGUGACAAGAAUCAGCACGUUUGCAGAGCUUCCUGGAUGGCUGUCUCUUUUGAGAGCGGUAAAUGACAAGGCUUCUGUUGUUAUAGUUGGAAAUAAAAUUGAUGAAGCAGAUCUGAAGAAUGUGACUUUAACAGCAGUGAAAGACUUUGCUGCUUGGCAUAGAUUAGAUUUCGUUGAAGCCAGCGCUAAAACAGGUGAAAACGUCGAAGAGAUAUUUCAACUAUUAACGAAGAAGAUUUUGAAAUCAAUUUCACUGACUUCAUCAGACGAAGCAGACAACUCGGAAGAUACUGAAAUGGAGAAAUCAGACUUUCAACAAGACGACACUGAAUUGAAAUUACUUCCAUCAAAUUCAAUGCACGAAGUACCAAGUAGAAAGAAACGAUGUUGUUGAGUUUUACAGAAGUAUUGUAGAUUAUUUUCAGAUGAAAUAAACACCAUCCAGUGAAACUUGGGAGAUUCGAGCAAACAAAACUAUAAUAAAAUUUCCGAUUUAUCAAAAAAUUCAAAUUCUGAAAAACUUAGUCUAGCCAUGAGAAAAUGAUAUA